CGCGUCACGUACACAGCACACAGAUGGAGCAGAGUCGCAAAACUUCCUCCAGCCUUCACCAUCACAUUCAGUAACUUAUAUACACUUGUAUACACACACACACACACACACGUCAUGGCCGCGUGUUUAGUGCCAGACUUCCCAGCUGUGAACAUUGCACUGGAACAUCUGGGCGAAUUAGAUAAGCAGCUGAAAGCAGAGGGAGUGUCGUUCAGUCAAGAAGCCAGCCAUCACCUGAGCAAGAUAGCAGAUGCCAUUAAAGAACUGGAGGCAUCCAGGAAAGCCGUGCAUGAGGAACUCGAGGUGGAAACGAUCGAAACGGGAAAACUGCGCCAUCAGCUCCUGAGCCAGCACGAUGAUAUCCUUGCUGAAAUAUCAGCCGCCGUGGCCGCUGCUAGAGAUGCGAACACGGCCGAGAUGAAUCAGCUCCAGCUGGAGAUGGCGAACGUCGUGCGGGAGAUCGAGUCGAUGGAGAAGAGACGGAAACUUCUGGAGGAAGAAAACGUCCUUCUUUUUAAAUAUUUCCGUAGACCAGAGCACCAGCUUCUGAGCGCCAGCUACACCGAGCUCACUGAGCAGCUCAACAGCCAGCUGUCAGAGAAAGCCGAUACACAGAUUAUGCUGAAUGAAACGAGGAACGAGAUCCAGUCUACGAAGGAGAAGAUUGCUCGAGUGCACUCAACCAGGAAAGAUCUGCAGGACAACCUGACCAGGGAGAGGAAGCAGUUUGAAGAAACAAAGAAAAUGCUCAAGAAAGAGAUUGACGAGACGAUGAACGCCAUUCAGGAGCAGACGAAGACGAACGCUGAGCUGCACAAAGAGCUGAACAUGGCUUUAGCUGAGCUCAUGAAGAAAGAGGAGAAAGUUGACGGGCUUUCAAAUCAAAUCUCACUGUUGGAGAGAAGUACGGUCAGACUGAAGACAUCACAACGGAAACACGAAGAACAGAUCGAGGACACGAUCGAAAAAUCAGACGAGCUCACAAAGCAGAAAAAGCUCCGUGAGAAAGAGCUACGAGAGCUGAGAGAGGAAUUGAACCUGCAGCUGCUCAAGCUUCAGGAGAACAUCGGAACGGUGGAACGAGAGAUAGAAGAAGAACAGAAGGAGAACAGCGUUCGUCUCGAGGCCAUCUCUAAGCUUUCAUCCAUCUUCAGAGCUCAGAGGAAAAAGGAAGACGAUGCUUUGGCGGAUCAGAGCAACCUGAGCAGAGAACUGGAAAAAUCGAAGCAGAGGCUGGAUGAGCGCUUCGCCUCGAUCGGCAAAUAUAAACUUCAAAUCAAAGAGAUGGAGGAAGAGAUGAAAGAGCUUCAUGAAGCCAACAAAAUCAGUGUGGAGAUGUUUCAGAAGAACCUGGUGGUGCUCGAGGGGCAGCUGGCCAAAGUGAAGAAGAACAGGGCAGCGUUUGAGGUCGAGAGAGAAGAACUCUGUCUGCAGAUGGAAACUCUUAAAGAGCAGCACGAAGACAAUGUGAGAAAACUCUGUUCAGCCAUCUCGUUAGACAAGACAAGAUACAGCGAGUUAGCUGAGGAGAAGAAGAAACUCAAAGAACACGAAGUCAUGAGCUAUUUAAUCGAGGAACUAACACACCGGAUCUCCAGAGUGGAAGAGGCGCGUAAACAGACGGAAAUCAAGUACAAUGAUGAAAUACAGCAACUCAACGUGGAGGCUGAGUCAAUCUCUCAAGCUCGACUGGAUGAAGAAAAGGAGCUGAAGGAUCAGGAGACAGUGCUGUCAAAGGCCGAGGCUCAGUUUGACGCUGAUCAAUCUCGACAUCGAACCCUCAAACAACAAACAACCGAGCUGAAGGCCAGAAAAUAUCAUCUGGAGCUUUCGAUACAAGAGGUGAAAGAGCGAACAGCAGCGAUGCUACAGCCAAAGGAAGAUCUGAAGAAGGAUCUGCAGACUUUACGUGAGAACCACAUGGAGCUCCUGCGCUCUCACGCCCAGCAGAUCAGCGCCACAGAGAGGAGCGUUUAUGAGAACGGACUGAUGCUGGAGCAAGCGAACAUGGAAAACAGUCGCCUACAUCUGCGUAUUGAACAAAUGAAGGAGGACAUCAUUAACGCAAGGAAAGAGAAAGAGAAGCACACACAGGAAACGGGCUGGAUGAAAGAGGAAGUGCAGUCCAUCUACAGAAGUUUAGUGGAAGCCUGGAUCAGAGAUAAACUGGCUACAGAGGAAUCUGUAGAAAAAGACCAGAAGGUUUUGGAAGCCAUGCAGACAUUCAUGCUGCAGGUCCAGGAAAGGAAGGAGCACAUCGGAAGCAUCAACGGCAGGCUGGAGGCGGAGCUAAAGGCCAUGAGCACACUGCUAGAAAUGACUAAACCUAAACAGAAACCAAUGACAAGCUGAAAGAGAAAAUAUAAGCAGCAACAGCAGGUAAUAUAUUUGAUGAAUGUUCCACAGAACAACUAGGAACGUAACUAUAAAUGGAUAAAACUUGCAAUUGUCAGCAAAUUGCUGUGGUGUAAAAGGAAUAAAGCACCUUGUGACGAUC